AUGGAAGAAAUACAUUCUCAGUCGGAUCAUUACAGAUCCUCAUCAUCUUCGGCAAGCAGUCCAGCAAGUAGGGUUCCUUCGAGCAAUUUCUUCUACUUAAGAAAACCGGGUGCGCUUAGACAGCCCAUUUCAUUUGAGGAUUCACCAGACUGGGAUGAUACGGAUAUCGAGGUUAAGGUGGAGGAAGGAGGAGGUGACUCCAUUAAUGCUGCAACUACUCCAGCCUCCCCUUCUCUCUCAAAAAUCAAUAGUGGGUCACUGCCGUCCCCACCGUUGCCAGAAGGUGCUGUUGUUGCAAGAAAGAUCGCAGGUGCUUCGGUCGCGUGGAAGGAUUUGACCAUUACUAUAAAGGGAAAAAGGAAAUAUUCGGACAAGGUUGUUAAGAGUUCCAAUGGUUACGCAUUGCCAGGAACGAUGACAGUGAUUAUGGGCCCUGCCAAGUCGGGGAAAUCAACACUCUUGAGAGCCCUUGCAGGAAGGUUGCCUGAUUCAGCAAGAAUGUACGGUGAGGUACAUGUCAAUGGAGUAAAAUCUCACAUGCCAUAUGGAUCAUAUGGAUUUGUUGAUAGAGAGACCACACUUAUCGGAUCCUUGACUGUACGUGAGUUCCUUUACUACUCCGCAUUGCUUCAGCUUCCUGGAUUCUUUUUCCAGAAGAGGAGUGUGGUGGAGGAUGCCAUCCUUGCUAUGUCACUGGGGGAUUAUGCCAACAAACUCAUAGGUGGCCACUGUUACAUGAAGGGUCUUCCUAGGGGUGAGAGAAGACGGGUCAGCAUUGCCAGGGAACUUGUGAUGAGACCACGUGUCUUAUUUAUUGACGAGCCUCUUUAUCAUCUUGACAGUGUCUCUGCACUCCUGAUGAUGGUUACCUUGAAGAAGCUGGCAAGCACCGGAUGUACUCUGAUAUUCACCAUUUAUCAGAGCAGCACGGAAGUUUUUGGUCUUUUCGAUCGCAUUUGCCUUCUUUCAAACGGGAACAUGUUGUUCUUUGGGGAAACACUGGCUUGUUUGCAGCACUUCUCAAAUGCUGGAUUUCCUUGCCCAAUUAUGCAAAGCCCUUCUGAUCACUUCCUGCGGGCAAUAAAUACGGACUUCGACCGGAUUAUUGCUAUGUGCAAAAAUUGGCAGGAUGACAACGGGGAACUUUCAUCGGUGAAUAUGGACACUGCUGUAGCAAUACGUACCCUUGAAGCAACUUACAAAUCAUCGGCGGAUGCUGCUGCAGUUGAGACUAUGAUAUUGAAGCUUACUGAGAAGGAAGGUCCAUCUCUCAAAAGCAAGGGAAAGGCAGGCAGUGCAACAAGAGUUGCAGUUCUGACGUGGAGAUCAUUAUUGAUUAUGUCAAGGGAGUGGAAAUACUAUUGGCUUCGGCUAAUACUAUACAUGCUUCUGGCACUAUGUAUUGGUACUGUAUUUUCUGGACUGGGACAUUCUUUAUCAUCAGUUGGGACAAGAGUUGCAGCAAUUUUUGUGUUUGUAUCGUUUUCUUCUAUUCUGAGUAUUGCUGGUGUGCCUGCACAGCUGAAAGAGAUCAAGAUUUAUGCAUGUGAGCAAUCAAACUGGCAUUCUGGGACAUUAGUCUUUUUACUCGGACAACUUCUCUCCAGUAUCCCAUUCGUGUUUCUCAUCUCCAUCUCAUCAAGUCUCGUCUUUUACUUCCUGAUCGGGCUGAGAGAUCAGUUCAGCUUGUUGAUGUACUUUGUGCUGAAUUUCUUCGCUUGUCUUCUAGUAAAUGAGGGACUAGUCCUGUUCGUUUCUUGCAUUUGUCAAGACAUCUUCUGGAGCAUCUUAAUAUUGUUGAAUGUGCAUGUGGUAAUGAUGCUUUCGGCCGGGUAUUUUAGAAUACGAAGUGCUUUGCCCAAACCAGUAUGGAUGUAUCCUGUUUCUUAUAUUGCUUUCCACACUUACGCGGUCCAGGGACUCUUGGAGAAUGAGUACAUUGGAACUUCCUUUGCAGUUGGCCAGGUAAGGACCAUAUCCGGUUAUCAGGCUCUUCGAAACGUGUACGACAUAUCGCAGGACAGUAACUCCAGGUGGGAAAAUUUACUAGUGUUGUUUCUGAUGGCUGUUGGAUACCGCAUUCUUGUUUUUGUUCUGCUACAAUUUCGUGUCAGAAAUACCUUAUCUGUGCAUAGAUUUUUGAAGUGUAGUCGAGAAACAAAGAGUCCAAGAUAA